AUGUCUGGAUUAGUAAGCAAUGCGGCCAUCCAAGAUGCUCAGCUCUUGGUGCCCAAGCUGAUUCUUCUCCGUCCGUAUGUGUUGCCAUUUACGGUGAUCUACCCCGUGUUCUUCCAGGUUUAUACCAAUCAUUAUGACACGUAUAUUAAGGGUAGAGAAUGGACGUUUGUGUAUUUGAUCACGCUUGUGUCGCUCAAUGCGUUGUUCUGGUUGAUGCCCCAUUGGAAUCUCGGUGUUAGGGCCAAGUUCAACUAUACCAAGGUGUCGUCAAUUGAUGACGCCACUCAUAUCCAAAUCACCCCUGCCCCCAAUAACGGUGUGGGUGAUAUAUGUCAGAUCAACAGAGAAACGUUCCACGAUGGCGAACAACAGACUUCGUUCUUGUACCAAAAGAGAAGACACUUGUUCCAUAAGUCCACCGGUAAGUUUGCUCCUCCUGAGUUUUUGUUUGACGAGUUGCCUCCAUUGGAAGUGUACCAGAACCAUAAGGGGUUGACUGGAGAUUUGGAGAAAAUGAAGCGGAAUUACGGUUUGAAUAAGUUUGAUAUUCCAAUCCCUACGUUUUUGGAUUUGUUUAAGGAGCAUGCCGUGGCUCCAUUUUUUGUGUUCCAAGUGUUUUGUGUGGCUCUUUGGUGUAUGGACGAACAAUGGUAUUACUCUUUAUUCUCUUUAUUCAUGUUGGUAGCGUUUGAAAUGACUACGGUGUUCCAAAGAAGAGUCACCAUGUCUGAAUUCCAAAGUAUGGGGAUCAAGCCUUACCCCAUUUAUGUUUAUAGAGAUGAUUCUUGGAUUGAAAUCCAAUCCACAGAAUUGUUACCUGGUGAUCUUGUGUCCAUAACAAGAACUGCAGAAGGUAGUGCUCUCCCAUGUGACUUGUUAUUGGUUGAUGGCUCAGCCAUUGUUAAUGAAGCCAUGUUAUCAGGCGAAUCCACUCCAUUAUUAAAGGAAUCAAUUAGAUUAAGAACUCCUUCAGAUAAUUUGCAACCAGAAGGUUUAGAUAAAAAUUCCAUCUUACAUGGUGGUACUACCGCUUUACAAGUCACUGCUCCAAAGAAUAAUGAAGUUCCUUUGGCUCCUGAUAACGGUGCACUUGCCGUGGUAUCCAAAACCGGGUUUGAAACUUCUCAAGGGUCUCUUGUUAGAAUGAUGAUCUUUUCAAGUGAAAGAGUAUCUGCUGGUAAUAAAGAAGCUCUUUUGUUUAUUUUGUUUUUGUUGAACUUUGCUAUUGCUGCUUCGUGGUAUGUUUGGGUUGAAGGUACAAGAAUGGGUAGAGUUCAAUCUAAAUUGAUUUUGGAUUGUAUUAUUGUUAUCACGUCGGUUGUUCCUCCUGAAUUACCAAUGGAAUUGACUAUGGCUGUUAACAAUUCUUUGGCUGCGUUACAAAAGUUUUAUGUUUAUUGUACUGAACCUUUUAGAAUCCCAUUGGCUGGUAGAAUCGAUGUUUGUUGUUUCGAUAAAACUGGUACUUUGACAGCUGAAGACUUGGUUUUUGAAGGGUUAGCAGGGUUUAAACCUGAUGAUAUCCAUCAUUUGUAUAAGGCUAACGAAGCUCCAGAAAUUACAUCUUUUGUAUUAGGGGCCGGUCAUGCCUUGGUUAAAUUGGAUGAUGGUGAAGUUGUUGGUGAUCCAAUGGAACAAGCUACUUUACAAGCUACUCAUUGGGAAGUCGGAGCUAAUGAUACUGUUCUGAGAACUUCACCUGAAGGCAAAUCCCAAAAGAUCAAAAUUUCAAGACGUUUCCAAUUCUCUUCUGCCUUAAAAAGAUCUGCAACCAUUUCUACCAUUAAUACUUUACCCAACAAACACUUUGUUGCAGUUAAAGGUGCUCCUGAAACUAUCCGUAACUUUUUGAUUGAUGCUCCUGAGACUUAUGAAGAUAUUUAUAAGUCUUUCACAAGAUCUGGUUCUCGUGUUUUAGCUUUAGCUUACAAACAUUUGGAAUCCAACGUCAAUGUGAUCAAAAUUGAUCGUAAAGAUGUGGAAUCUAAUUUGAAAUUUGCUGGGUUCAUUAUUUUCCAUUGUCCAUUAAAAGAUGAUGCCAUUGAAACCAUUGAAAUGUUGAACAAUUCUUCUCAUAGAUGUGUGAUGAUUACUGGUGAUAAUCCAUUAACUGCUUGUCACGUUGCUAAGGACGUAAAGAUUACCGAAAAGGAAGUUUUGAUUUUAGAUGCUCCUGAAGUCCACCAUAAUGUGAGUUCCGAGGAGAAUUUGGUCUGGAGAAAUGUUAUGGAAACUACUAUUAUCCCAUUUAAAUCAUCUGACAAGAUUAACUCGGAUUUGUUUGAUAAAUAUGACAUUUGUAUCACUGGUUAUGCCUUGAAUUAUUUGAGUGAACAUGAACAAAUUUUAGAAUUGUUGAAACAUACUUGGGUUUAUGCCAGAGUUUCACCAAGUCAAAAGGAAUUCAUUUUGAACUCUUUGAAAGAUGCUGGUUAUAGUACUUUAAUGUGUGGUGAUGGUACCAAUGAUGUUGGAGCUUUGAAACAAGCCCAUAUUGGUGUUGCACUUUUAAAUGGUACUGAAGAAGGUUUACAGAAAAUUGCUGAUCAACGUAGAAUGGAAACUUUACAAAAGGUUUAUGAAAAGCAAGCUCAAAUUAUGUUGAGAUGGAACCAACCAGCUCCUCCAAUUCCACCUGCUAUUGCACAUUUAUACCCUCCUGGACCUGCUAACCCUAAGUAUUUAGAAGCCAUGGAAAAGAGGGGUAUUGAAAUCACCAAGGAAAUGAAGGAUGCCGUUAAGAUUGCUUCUGCUAACCCACAAGUAUUCAACUUCAAGGAACAAAACUCGGCCGACAAACCAGGUAUAACUGAUGCUAUUUUGGGUGCUAUGGAUCAGGCAGAAGGUGAAGAUGAAGCACCAGUUUUGAAAUUGGGUGAUGCUUCUGUUGCUGCUCCAUUUACUUCUAAAUUGGCCAACGUUAGUGCUGUCACUCAUAUUGUUCGUCAAGGAAGAUGUGCAUUGGUUUCCACCAUUCAAAUGUACAAGAUUUUGGCGUUGAACUGUUUGAUUUCUGCUUAUUCUCUUUCAGUCUUGUAUUUGGCAGGGAUGAAAUUUGGCGAUUUCCAAGCCACUGUUUCAGGUGUUCUUUUAUCUGUUUGUUUUAUUUCUAUUUCCAGAGGUAAACCCUUGGAAAAGUUAUCGAAACAAAGACCUCAAGCUGGUAUUUUCAAUUGGUAUAUUAUGGGAUCUAUUUUAGGACAAUUUGCUAUUCAUAUCACCACAUUGAUUUAUAUCACCCGAGAAAUCUACAUUUUGGAACCCCAAGAACCAAAAGUUGAUUUGGAAAAGGAAUUUUCACCUUCGUUAUUGAACACUGCCAUGUUUUUGCUUUCUUUAGCUCAACAAACCUCAACUUUUGCAGUCAACUACCAAGGGGAACCCUUUAGACAAAGUAUCAAAGACAAUAAGGGAAUGUAUUAUGGUUUACUUGGUGUUGGAGCUUUAGCCUUACUGGGAGCCACUGAAUUCUUCCCUGAAUGGAAUGACUUGAUGAAGUUUGUCCCCAUGACUGAGGUGUUCAAGUUCAAAUUGACAUCGACCAUUUUGUUUGAUUUCAUUGGCUCUUGGGCAGUUGAACUUGUGUUCAAGCAUUUUUUCCUGAACUCUGACGCAGCAGACAUUGCUGUUAGAGAAUAA